CCGCCCCCCGGUCCUGGCCCGCCGCGGCUCCUCCCCGCUCUGGCGCAGCUAUGGCGGAGGCCAUACAACGCACGGACGAGCUGGUCCGCGAGUACUUGCUCUUCCGCGGCUUCACGCACACCCUGCGACAGUUGGACGCCGAGAUCAAGGCGGACAAGGAGAAGGGGUUCCGGGUGGACAAGAUUGUGGACCAGCUGCAGCAGUUAAUGCAGGUGUAUGACUUGGCUGCUCUUCGGGAUUAUUGGAGCUACCUGGAGCGUCAGCUCUUCAGCCAUUUGGAGGAUGUAUAUAGACCCACCGUCAACAAGCUGAAAACCAGCCUGGUCUGCUUUUAUCUUGUCUACACAAUCCAGACAAACAGAAAUGACAAGGCUCAGGAGUCCUUUGCAAAGCAGGCCACAGAACUCCAGAACCAGGCCGAGUGGAAGGAUUGGUUUGUCCUGCCCUUCCUGCCAUCCCCAGACACCAACCCCACCUUUGCCACCAACUUCUCUCGACAGUGGGCUGACACUUUCAUUGUGUCCCUGCACAACUUCCUGAGUGUCCUGUUUCAGUGCAUGCAUAUCCUUUCAGCUGCCUGGGGCUCUGGGCCCAGUCUGAGGCAUCUAGACAGUGUGAUCAGUGGCUGCUGCUCUGGAGUGAGGGGACAAUUCUGUUCUGUCCUUCACCUUCUCCAUCCUUCUUUCUCUCACCAGGUGGACAAGAUUGUGGACCAGCUGCAGCAGUUAAUGCAGGUGUAUGACUUGGCUGCUCUUCGGGAUUAUUGGAGCUACCUGGAGCGUCAGCUCUUCAGCUGUUUGGAGGAUAUAUAUAGACCCACCAUCAACAAGCUGAAAACCAGCCUGGUCUGCUUUUAUCUUGUCUACACAAUCCAGACAAACAGAAAUGACAAGGCUCAGGAGUCCUUUGCAAAGCAGGCCACAGAACUCCAGAACCAGGCCGAGUGGAAGGAUUGGUUUGUCCUGCCCUUCCUGCCAUCCCCAGACACCAACCCCACCUUUGCCACCAACUUCUCUCGACAGUGGGCUGACACUUUCAUUGUGUCCCUGCACAACUUCCUGAGUGUCCUGUUUCAGUGCAUGCCAGUCCCCGUGAUCCUGAACUUCGACGCGGAAUGCCAGAGGACCAGCCGGGUUCAAGAAGAAAAUGAAGUUCUGCGCCAGAAGACCGCUAAGGGGAAGGAGCCGGCGUGUGGGCCCAAGGACAGGAAGAGCCUCUUCAGCGGGCUGGCCACAGGGGAGUCCAGCUGGUCGCAGCACCGGCAGCGGCGCCUGCAGGAUCACGGCAAGGAGAGGAAGGAGCUGCUCUCUCUGACUCUGCAGUGUGCAGAGAAGAAGCCUGAAGCCAGUGGCCCAGAGGGAGAGCCCUGCCCAGAGCUCCACGUGGAGGCGGCGGAGACGCUGACACGGGCCUCCACAGCAGGCCCUGACGGCGGAGGGGUCCACCCCGAGCAGCCAUUCACUGUGCUGGGCCAGGAGGAGUACGGAGAGCACCACUCCUCCAUCAUGCACUGCAGAGUGGACUGCUCGGGGAGGAGGGUCGCCAGCUUAGACGUAGACGGGGUCAUCAAGGUGUGGUCCUUCAAUCCCAUCAUGCAGACCAAAGCGUCCUCCAUCUCCAAGUCACCGCUGCUCUCUCUAGAGUGGGCCACCAAGCGGGACAGGCUGCUCUUGCUGGGCAGUGGCAUGGGGACAGUGCGCCUUUAAGAGACGGAAGCCAAGAAGAAUCUCUGUGAAAUCACUAUCCACGAUGAUAUGCCCAGAAUCCUGUCUCUCGCGUGCAGCCCCAGUGGGGCCUCUUUCGUCUGUUCGGCUGCGGCUCCGAGCCUCACUUCUCAGGGGGACUUCUUGGCCCCGGACAUCGGCAGCAAGGGCACUAACCAGGUUCCUGGCAAGCUGUUGCUGUGGGACACGAAAACCAUGAAGCAGCAGCUCCAGUUCUCCCUGGAUCCAGAGCCCAUUGCUAUCAACUGCACAGCCUUCAAUCACAAUGGGAACUUGCUGGUCACAGGGGCGGCUGACGGCGUCAUCCGGCUGUUUGAUAUGCAGCAGCACGAGUGCGCGAUGAGCUGGAGGGCCCACUGCGGGGAGGUCUACUCGGUGGAGUUCAGCUACGACGAGAACACCGUGUACAGCAUUGGCAAGGACGGGAAGGUGGGUGAGCAGGGUCUGGAUCAGGAACUUCCCUCCCUCUGGCUCAGGCAUCUGAGAUUCCAGAGCGCACCAGAAUAG